AUGGCCUGCAAAGGCUCCACAGUAGUCACAUAUGGCAAAGCUGCCAAAGCGCACCAACAACUCUGGCACUGCAGCAAUGCAAAUGUGUUCUUCUCUGCUACAGCAAGUGCUGCCUGGUGGAACUCCUCAGGAGGCUCAGGAACUGGAGGGGAUAUUUGGAACAAGUUUAUGGAAUGGAUAAAAGACAAACUGAAACCCGGAGAUGCAGCUGUCCCCACGGCCACACCAUCAGCAGCCCCAGAGAAUCCCCAGACCUCCACUCCUGCAUCACCAUUUUCCACAGGCACCACAGCUGUGACACUCACCACAGAACCCCCAACCCCUGCUGACAGAGGCAAAGACCCAACCCCUGCGAAUGCAACCUCUGCAGCCCCCAGCUCUGCACUCAGCUCGAGCACAGCAGAGACCAGGACACCUUCUGCUCCAGGGACGAGCCCCAGGAAAGCCUCCCAGAGUCCUGCAGAGCUCAAUUCACCCAGACCCCCGGCAGAAGAGGCUGUCUCUGCUCCAAACAGCACUGCCGCAGCUGCUGAAGAUGAUGCAGCCACAGACAGCUCCACCACAUCUGCCCCAGCCACAGCCACCACUAAGCCAUUAACAACUCCACUAUCACUCUCCACGAAGAGCCAAGCAGUCACCUCCGCGCUGCCCCUGCGGCUGGCGGGCGGCGACAGCCGCUGCUCGGGACGCGUGGAGCUCUUCUACAACGGCAGCUGGGGAACAGUCUGCGACGACUCCUGGGACAUGGAGGACGCCAAGGUGGUGUGCAGGCUGCUGGGCUGCGGAGAGCCUCUGCUGGCUUUGGCUGAAGGUCAGUUCGGUCCCGGCUCGGGGAGCAUCCUCCUGGACGAUGUGGAGUGCAGAGGCGACGAGGAACAGCUGUGGGACUGCUCGCACAGAGGGGCUGCUGUCCACAACUGCCAGCACAAAGAGGAUGCCGGUGUCAUCUGCGCAGCCCCAGCCGAGGCCACACCAGCUGCAAACCCAGUGACAAGCUCAGCCAUCGUGUCAGCCUCUCCCACUCCUGGGGCAGGAGCCACCACCACUACUCACCAAGGAACAGAGCCAGCACCCACCAGCACAGGCCUCACCUACCUGCCCAACUACGUGCGCCUGGCGUUACUGAGAUACCUCUCUAAGCUGUGCCAGCCAAGGAGACCUGGCAUGCAAAGUGUGCAGCUGCACAGGUGUGUGAGGGACCCAUCCUGCGGCAGCUACAGCUUACCCGACACGAGGAUCAUCCGCUUCAGGCUGCCGGGCCCCAGGGCCCCCCGGCCCUGCCUGCGCUGCGAGGUGCUGGCCUGCAGCGCCCCGCGCCGGCCCCCGCCCCGCCGCCGCUUCGGGUACCGGCCCCGGGGCAAGCGCGGCGCCGAGGGCAGCGUCGUCGCCAUCAUCAGCCCCAGUCAGUAACAGACCUCAGCCUGCUGCUGCCGUAGCGGGGUGCUGCGGGUCGCUGCGCCGCGGCUGCCAGCUUCCAGCCGUUCCUUGUGCUAGGGGGGGUCAGUCCCUUCCAAUCCUAACUGCGCUUCCACUCCACAUCCCAGACCUUCCAGACCUGUAUAAGCUUAAACCUCAGUAAACACUCUGUGGCAAAGA